CCAAUCAUUCCAUAAUUCCCUUGGAAUCUCUCUUUCCCUAGGCAGCUCGGUUUCUGCCUUCAGCAUCGGCGACACUCCGGUCAGUCCUCAGACGACGCUCUCCGCGCGGACCGACCUCAGUCCUCACAUCCUCUGCUUUGCUGAACAACCUAAAGCUCAAGAUCAGAGAUUAGCCGGAGGGAAGUGGUGGAGUGAUCGGAAUGGAAUCUUGAUGAUCAAAGCCAACAAGUUCCUUGUUCUUUUCAACCGGAGGAUAUAUCGAAGAUUCAUUUCCAGUCAAUCAAUUCCAGUUAUAACAAGUCCAGUUCCUACACAAGAGAACAUAGCCCAUUUAAUACUAGACCAGAAAUCUGCUGUUGAAGCUCUCCAAACCUUCAGAUGGGCAUCCAAUCUCCCAAAUUUCACUCACUCCCAGUCCACCUACCGAGCUUUGAUCCACAAGCUCUGCCUCUUCCGGCGCUUCGAGAUUGUCUAUCAACUGCUCGACGAAAUGCGCAGCUCAACUUGUUUACCCCCAGAUGAGGGCAUUUUCAUUACUAUUGCCCGCGGCCUUGGGCGGGCUAGAAGGAUCAGGGAAGUGAUCAAAGUUCUUGACUUGGUAUCCAGGUUUGAUUUGAAGCCGAGUUUGAAGCUGAUGAACUCAAUUCUUGAUGUUUUGGUUAAGGAAGAUAUUGAUAUUGCCAGGGAGUUCUAUAGGAAGAAAAUGAUGGAAUGCGGCGUUGAAGGCAAUGAUUACACUUACGGAAUUCUGAUGAAGGGGUUAUGCGCCACAAACAGAAUUGGCGACGGAUUUAAACUUCUGCAAGUGUUGAAGACCAGGGGAAUGAAGCCAAACAUUGUGAUAUACAAUACACUGAUUCAUGCUCUUUGUGAGAAUGGGAAGGUUGGGAGAGCCAGGAGUUUGAUGAGGGAAAUAGCAGAGCCCAGUGAUGUGACUUUCAACAUUUUGAUUUCUGCUUACUGUAAAGAGGAUAAUUCAGUGCAGGCCAUGGUGAUGCUGGAGAAAAGCUUCAGCAAAGGGUUCAUUCCUGAUGUGAUAACAGUGACAAAGGUGGUGGGAACUCUAUGCAAGAAAGGGCAUCUCCCCGAGGCAGUUGAGGUCUUGGAAAGAGUAGAGGAAAGGGGAGGGGAGAUUGAUGUUGUGGCUUAUAACACACUGAUCAAUGGCUACUGCAGGCUAGGGAAGGUGAAAGCCGGGCAGCGUCUUCUGAAGGAGAUGGAGAUGAAGGGAUAUCUACCAAAUGCAGAAACCUAUAAUGCUUUGAUAUCUGGUUUAUGUGAGUGUGGUAUGUUGGAUAUGGCUCUUGACAUGUUCAAUGAGAUGCAAAAGGCUGGGAUAAAGUGGGAUUUUGCAACGUUUGAUACUGUAAUCCACGGGCUCUCCUCUGUUGGGAGGGUGCAGGAUGGGUUCAAGAUCUUGGCUUUAAUGGAGGACAGUAAAGAGGGCUGCAGAGGUCACAUAAGCCCUUAUAAUGGAAUUAUCUAUGGCCUUUACAGGGAAAACCGCCUGGAAGAAGCAUUCGAGUUUUUAAAGAAAAUGGAGAGUUUGUUUCCCCGAGCUGUUGACCGGAGCCUGAGAAUUCUCAGUUUCUGCAAAGAUGGAAGCAUGGAAGAAGCAAAGAACAUUUAUGCUCAGAUGAUUGGCGAAGGUGGCAUUCCCAGUGCAGUAGUGUAUGCAGCUUUGAUUCAUACAUUCUGUCAGAAAGAACAGAUAAGAGAAGCACUUGAGCUGAUGAAUGAGAUGGUUAGCCAUGGCUACUCCCCAGUGGCUUCAACUUUGAAUGCUUUGAUCAGAGGGCUUUGCAGGCAGGGUAAAAUCCAGAAUGCCUCAAGACUCCUGGAGGACAUGGUAGGACGAGGAGGAGAUUGCUUUCCUGAUAUAGAAAGUUACAGUCCAUUUAUUGAAGGGUUUUGCAGUAAAGGGGACUUCCACAAGGCCUUCAUUAUCUUCCUGCAAAUGGUGGAAAGAGGUAUUGUUCCCAACUCUUCUUCAUGGAAUACAUUGAUUCUAUGUCUCUGUCAGGAAAAUGGGUGGUUGGAAGACCAAAAUCUGUUGCGUUUAGGUAACCAACUUCAGUCCAUUAUAGAAACUUGACCAUUCUGAGUUUUUACCAUUAUACUUGUCAUGAGUUGAUUUGAAGCUUGAACGAGUCAAUCUUUUUUCCUUUUCCUUUCUAGAUUUUUUCCCCUUUUCUAAGGUUUUCUUUGGGAGAACGGUGAAAUCAAAUCAAUUAGAGUAGUGUUGUUGAGAUUAGAAUUUAGAACAAUUAGAGAUUGUUCUAAAUUUCUAAUUAUUCUGUUCACAUAACUCUCAUCGAUCCUUUAUUUCUCUAAUUUAAUUUAAUUUUACAAUAAUUUCAAUCAAUCACUAUAUCACAUCCUAAAGUCUAGUCUUGCUAGAUCCAUUUGAGGCUUUGAGCCAUUCUCAAGGGGGGGAAGUUGAAUCACUCAUAUUAACAUGUUUCAUGACUCUGAAUAUCCACCAUGGAAACUAGACUUGAACAUAGCAGUUAUCCAUUUCAUUGUAGCUCUGUGUCACAUCACAGAGAAGAAUGGGCAAGCUGCAAAUGAUAAAAUUCUUGAAGAUUGAAGAUGAGGUUUUUAAGAGGGUGGCAAUUUGAUGAUAAGAUCAAGAUUGUUUCUCCUCUCCUGUCAUUUUCGACAGGGCCCCUCAUUUUCUGCGUCUAUUUUAGACAAAUGUUGCCAGUACAGAAAUCGCAUAUUAAAGGACGGUCCCUACUGUUUAAAAAGCAACUUAACAACCAUUGCUUUGUGGUUAUCACUUAUCAGGCUAUUUUAUAUACUUGCAUUGAAUGACAGCUCCAUAAAUAUUCUUUUUCUUUUGUGCUACUGUAGAAUGAUAAUAUCUUUUUGUCGAUCUACCUUUUUCUUUUUUGGUUCUAGAGUUCAACAAUUACAAUGAUAGAGGAAAGGAAUAUAUAUACUGGAGAAGUCUUAGGUAUACUAGAAUUGAUAAUCUUAGUGUGACUCAGAUAGAUAGAAUCCUAGUAAUGAUCAUAUCAUUUACUUGUUCGGGUCACGAA